AGGAGCAGUACAGAGUACUACAGACUACGUUGUUUUGUUACUGGAGCAAACAGCCUGCCCGGCUAGGUUUCAUCAUGUGCGGCGGUUGACACAGGGUUGACAGGGUCCCGGCCGGCAUGGGUCCCGGUCGCAAAUUUACGAAUCCUACUAUGGUCACGCCAAGACUCGCCCUACGAAGCAGCUCGAUUGGUUGGGGUUAGGCCUUUUUUUUUUACCUCGAGUGGUUAUGGUAAGGAUAGUAGAUUGGUCAGGGGAUAGGACCUGUAAAAAUGGGGUUACGUUACUUUGCGUAAGCAUGGACUCCUGGCCAAUAAAUGCUAUUGAAGGGCGGGUCUUGGCGUGGCCAUAGUAUGAUUCGUAAAUUCCCGGUCCCCGGUUAGUGUCUCCUGAUUAGCUCGGUCAACACACUCAGACAUCAGUUCCUCCGAAGACAACAUCGGGGAUGGACGACUGUCCUCAACAAACGCCGCUGUUUACGUUCGGCGUGAUAGCGGACAUUCAGUACGCGGAUAUCGAUGACGGGUACAAUUUCACCCGGACGAGGAGGCGGUACUACCGGAGCAGUCUGAAGCUGCUCAGAAACGCCUGGGAAAGUUGGUCGGAGUCGGCUGUCAAACCAGAGUUUAUCCUUCAGCUGGGGGACAUUAUCGACGGCUUCAACAAGAGCCAGGACGCCUCUGACCGAGCGCUGCACACCGUGCUGAGGGAGUUCACCUCCGGCCCCGCGGAGCUCCACCAUGUGUGGGGCAACCACGAGUUUUAUAACUUCAGCAGGAGCGCGCUGCUGCGUUCACAGCUCAACAGCAGCCCCCACCAUGGUAGCCUCCACCCUAACAGCAACAGCCUCCACCCUGGCAGCAGCAGCCAGGGACUUGGAGCCCAGGCUCCUGGCAGUGAUAUAUAUGCCUACUCCUUCAGCCCGUGCCCCGGCUUCACCUUUGUGGUGCUGGAUGCCUAUGAUGUGAGCCUGUUGGGCAGACAGGAGUCCAGUGAACAGUACAACCAGGCUAUGGAUUUGCUCAAACUGUACAACACCAACGAGGACCUCAACUGUCCACCAUUGAUCGAGGGCCUGCUGCAGAGGUUUACAAUGUUCAACGGGGGCUUCAGUAAGGAGCAGCUGGACUGGCUGGAUUCGGUUCUGUCCUUGGCCGAUGAGAAACAGGAAAGAGUCACAAUCGUCAGCCUGAGCCGUAUUUCACAUACUUUUAUCCUCAAAUCUUUCCCCUUCUUAACUUAUGCUUCACAAGCAAGCAUAACUAAGGCACAUCUUGUUCUGGUUUUCUUUGUAAUGUUAGGGUCUGGCAUGAUAUCUUACUAUAAUUUUGAUCCAUUUUGAAAUAGCAGAUACACAAAACACAUAAACAAAACAAGACAAAAACUCACAAACAAGUACGCUGCACCUGAUCCCGAAAUUGGAGUCGGUAAUGGUCAGUUUUAAAUCUUUACUGGCUAUGUCCCCUCAUCAAAUUCAACUCCUAAACGUGUGCACUCCAAAAUAAUCUGGUUUGAACUAGUCAAAUCUUCACUUAAGCCUUAUGCGUCACAAUCACUCAUGACAUUCAUUUCGACUCUGUGUACUGAAUCUCUCCCAAACGAAGCACCAAUCAAACCGGGAAGUCCGCACCAAAAUCACGCACUAAUCAAUGUAACCCACCAUGGGACAUCGGUAAUAGUUGGGCCACAAACACACUAGGGCUUCUUUCAUCCCUGUCUCAAUCCCAAGAAAACAACAGAUACGUUUCUGUCCCUCAACGCGUCUCUAUACGUUGGUCUUAUCACUGUCAGCAAAAAGUGACCCGAAUCUUCAAAUAACCUCACUCACAAUCUUAUCUAAUCGUGUUGGCCAACACUUUGUCACAGGUUAGAUUUGAUUAUGGCAACAGCUUCAACAAUUCAAACACCACUUAAACUUUUUGGAAUUUACUCACUCAUUUUAGCGUAACCCAAUUAAUAAUUCCACAGCCAAAUCAUGUCUCCCUCAUUUCAAUUCCCACACCCGUGAAAUAUCCAACCUAUCAACAAUUAGCUAAUUGCAUUCUUUAAAAUCUUGAUUUCAAUUUGAAAAUGAUUCAUUGUUCAGCCUUAGUGUGGUAGCUCUAAACGACGUUGACUCCAGUGACAUCACUUGAGGCAUUGAGCUUUAGAACGCUGGCUGGACAAAAGGAGUAACGUGGGAACCAAACCAUGAAUGGAACAGUUUAUGGAUGAUUUGAAAAUGAACAAAUCAGUUUCAGUCUUUGGAAUAUAUAGUGUAUUAUAAUACAGUGCAGCUGUUAAAUCCCUGUAAACGUGUGUGUUCCUGUUAGAGAUGGCCCGAUACCACUUUUUUGCUUCCCGAUACCGAUUCCGAUACCUGAACUUGCGUAUCGGCCGAU